CCGCCGCCGGCCUUCAGCUCUUACCGGAAGUCCCCCGCGCUGCCGGGAUCGCGGCGUUUGCGAUCCGGAAGCACUGGCAGCAGAGUAUGGGGCGGGGCGCGUGAGGCGGAGCCGGGGCUGCCAGCGGGCAGGAUAAUGGCAGGAAAAGUGAAAUGGGUAACUGACAUAGAGAAGUCUGUGCUGAUAAAUAACUUUGAAAAGAGAGGAUGGAUUCAGGCAGCAGAAAAUGAAGAUUGGAAUUUUUAUUGGAUGAGCAUACAAACCAUCCGAAAUGUUUUUAGUGUGGAAACUGGUUAUCGUCUUUCCGAUGACCAAAUUGUCAACCAUUUCCCAAAUCACUAUGAGCUGACCAGGAAGGACUUGAUGGUGAAGAAUAUCAAAAGAUAUAGGAAAGAACUAGAAAAAGAAGGGAGCCCUCUUGCAGAGAAGGAUGAAAAUGGAAAAUACAUUUAUUUGGAUUUUGUGCCUGUCACCUUUAUGCUUCCUGCUGAUUACAAUCUCUUUGUUGAAGAAUUCAGAAAAAAUCCUUCCAGCACCUGGAUUAUGAAACCUUGUGGAAAAGCUCAAGGAAAGGGGAUAUUUCUUAUUAAUAAACUCUCUCAAAUUAAGAAAUGGUCUAGAGACAGCAAAACAUCUUCGUUUGUUUCUCAAUCUUCUUCUAAAGAAGCCUAUGUGAUUUCUCUCUAUAUCAACAAUCCUUUACUGAUUGGAGGGAAGAAAUUUGAUCUCCGCUUGUAUGUGUUAGUGUCUACAUAUCGUCCACUCCGAUGUUACAUGUAUAAACUUGGAUUUUGCCGGUUUUGCACUGUAAAAUAUACUCCAAGUACAAGUGAGCUAGAUAAUAUGUUUGUACAUCUUACAAACGUUGCCAUUCAGAAACAUGGGGAUGACUAUAAUCACAUUCAUGGAGGCAAAUGGACAGUGAGUAACUUGCAUCUGUAUCUAGAGAGCACUCGUGGAAAGGAGGUCACUAAUAAGCUGUUCAAUGAAAUCCAUUGGAUAAUUGUACAGUCACUGAAGGCAGUUUCACCUGUAAUGAAUAACGAUAAACACUGCUUUGAGUGCUAUGGAUAUGAUAUUAUCAUUGAUGACAAGCUUAAACCAUGGCUUAUUGAGGUCAAUGCAUCCCCUUCUCUUACCUCCAGCACAGCCAAUGAUCGCAUCCUCAAAUACAAUCUUAUUAAUGAUACACUUAACAUUGCGGUGCCUAAUGGGGAAAUUCCAGAUUGUAAAUGGAAUAAAUCUCCACCAAAAGAAGCUCUUGGAAGUUAUGAAGUCUUGUAUGAUGAAGAGAUGGCACAAAGUGAUGGGCCAGACCGUGAUUUGAGAAGCCGGUCGGGGCAGUCCAUUGGAAUAAAAGGAAAUCGAGCAAGAGAUUCAGGAAAGCCUGUGCUCACCACAUGGAAGUGAUACUGGAUGGAUCUUCAUAUUCUUCUUCCUACCUGUUUUUCUACUUGGAUAUACUAUAAUAAAUACCAGCCUUGCUGUCAUGGAUUUCUGUAGAUCUUCCUUGCAUUUGUAACACCUGUUAUAUAUCUGUGUGUGUAUAGAUAUAUUAGUUCUAUAUGGUUUGUGGCAAAGUGUUGCAUCCAAUAAGCCAUUCCUAUAGCUGUGAUAUCAAAGUUUACAAUUUCAUGGGUGAUUCUAGCUUUUUUUAACCUAUAGAACAGUGUAAACUUGAAUUUGUCAUUUUUGUGAUUGGUUGUAACUUUUGAUGUCUCAAUUCCACCACUCAUCAGGAAAUUAUUCAUCGCUUAUUUUAACAUAAGAGGUUCUGUCUGUGUUUGGGUGGAGGGAAUAAUCAGAUUAACAAUUCUGCAGAAUUACUGAUGGACAUUCGAUAUGCAGAUCUCCUAUUUGAUGCGGUAAAUUCCAUUUUAAAUAUAGGCUCUUUCCAUCAAAUCUCUGGCCUUCAGUAUUAUUGGAAUUCAGCCCUUUCCCUAGGAAGGCCAACAUGGGCCAUCAAGAAAGAAGUUGUCUAUUGAGCUGAGGUUAAGAAAUUAUUUUUACAAAUGGUUAACAAAUUAAGUCUGCAUAUUCUCCAGUUUGAUCAUGCAUUGUCCCACCUUGCUGAGUCUGAUUUGUCCAUUAGAGCUUUGGUGGGGUGAGAGCCAUUGCUUAGUAUAUUUGUGAUUAGAUACUGAAUGCUAUUAUAAUGUCAUGUUAAAUGGCAGAUGCUUCCUCCUCCACCUCCAAACUGCCAGUUGCUAGGAAAUGUGUAAUAGUAUAGGCAUUAGGAAAUAUGCUGUUGUAAACAAGAGAGUUUUAUAGCACAGCGGAUUGCUUAACUAAUGCAAGAAUUAGAGAUGACAGUUUGGGUGCUCUAAAAUUAAAAGAAUCCAGACUCAGUCAGUUUGGAUAGUUACUCAAUAAUAUUUGGCUCCAGUCUAUCUCAUGGUAUCAGUAGAGUGACCUCUAAUGUUGUUGUGCAUGUAUAAUGACCACUACCUUUGCUAUAUGUGGAGCAUGUGGUGGUGAGACUCUGGGAAGAUGGUAUAUGGAAGAAUUCAGGUUCUAAUUAAAAAGACAGAUAUGCAAUGGAGGGCAAAUUAUUUUCCUUUAUAUAAAAUGAAGCUGCAUAAAGCCUGCAUUCUAAGGCAAAGCCAAUGUUGGAGAAGUAGAAAUAGGCUAAAGAUAGAGUGGCCAAUUGCUCUUAUGAGCCAGAGAUUUUCUGCAGAACACACCUGUGAUAUUCAGUGGUAACAUCCAAACAAUAUUUUAAGAGUAUAUUUUCUUCAACAGGGACUUUUUUAUUUUACUGCAUGUAUGUACCAUGACUUAAAAUGGGACCCAAACUUGAUUGGGACUCUAGAUAUACCUGCAAUAUAAAUGGUAGAAAAUUAUAUUCAAUGCAUUCAUAUAUAGACCCUUCUCCAUGCUGUUAGUUCUGGCAUCAUAGGUAUUCCGUGAUUAGUUACUUCCUUAAUGUUUUUUAUAUGUAAGAAAUGUAUGCUAUCAACUUGUCUGUGUACCUCCUUUACAUUUAUAAUGUGUCCUUCUUAAAGAGAUCAUUAAUAGAAACACUGCAGGAGAUAAUCAAGUACUAUGAUAAAUGUUAAAGGGGUAAAAGAUAUACAUUAGGAUAAAUGUCCUUGAACUCCCAUGUAGACAUAAUUUGGCUGGGAUACCAUAAUCUUCCAUGUAAUAUCUCUGGUCUCCAUCAAGGAGUAACAAGUAAUUAGCAUGAGUAAGGAGGCUCAACUUUAGGAAGGGACUAUUCAGUUCCACAGUGUGGUGUCUCUGUAGAUGUUUGAGGGAUAUUUGUUGUAACCGUGUUGGUCUAGUGGCAUAGGCAGAUACACUUUUUUUGCAGCCUCUAGACCAACACGACUACAACACAUAUCCCUGAAAUGGAGCACAUCAUAAUUAGCCGUUUUGAAGUAAACUCACAGAGCAGCUUUUUUACAAAUGAACUUUACCACCCAGGAGAACCUUUUUAGUUCUCAUGUGCAACAUGAACAACUUAAGGAAGCAAAAUUCAGCAACUUAAAUGCCAGUGGAGAACCUGAGGUUAACAAACGACUACAGCCUUUGUUUGAGCCUAAUUUGCUUACUUGCAGAAGUCUCUUUACAAAUGAACUUCCUUACCCAGGAGAACUUUAUCAGCUUUUAGUUCUUCUGUGCAAUAUGAAGUUUUGUUUCUACCAGGGAGAAAUUUUACAAUCUUUGAAUUCUCCUUUGCCUAAUGAAGGGUGUUUGGCCCCGAAAGCUUGCAAAUAAAAAAAAACAAUUUUUUUUGCAAAAAAAAAUUCUAUCUAGUUGAUUUAAUAAAAGAUAUCGCCUCUACCACAAGAGUUUUUGUCUUGACUAUUGUCUCUGUGGAAUAAUUUACACAGACAACACACUGUAAACCAGUUCUGUUUGGUUUUACAUCUUUACUGACUGGCUUUCUUGCAUGCAUACCAGCCUCUGGCUUCCUUACUAUUCAUUCCAUCCAGGAAGAGCCCACACCAACUGCAGAUGCUUCCUCAAGCCUGGUGAAGGGUAU